AUGGCCGUGCUCAAGAGCCUGGCCCUAGCCAGGCCCGAGAACGUGGCAGGCAAGACAUGGCCUGCCAUCGCCGUGGGUCUCUUUGUGGCCUUUGGCGGUGUUCUCUUCGGAUAUGACACCGGCACCAUCAGCGGGGUGCUGGCUAUGCCCUACUGGCAGCGGCUUUUCAGUACGGGCCACAUUGAUGCCCAAGGAAACCCCAAUGUCACUGCCUCCCAGGAGUCCGCCAUUGUCUCCAUCCUCUCGGCCGGCACCUUCUUCGGUGCCCUUUGCUCCCCUUUCCUGGCCGACUAUCUUGGUCGUCGUCUGGGCUUGAUGGUCUCCACGUGGGUGUUCAAUCUGGGCGUCGUCCUGCACACGGUUGCAACGGCCAUCCCGAUGUUCCUAGCGGGCCGCUUCUUUGCUGGUUUCGGUGUCGGCUUGAUAUCUGCACAGAUCCCGCUAUACCAAUCCGAAACCGCUCCCAAAUGGAUCCGCGGCCUCAUCGUCGGCACCUAUCAAUGGGCCAUCACCAUCGGCCUGCUCCUCGCGGCCCUUGUCAACAACGCUACUGGGCAACGGGACGAUACCGGGUCAUACCGUAUCCCCAUUGGUAUUCAGUUGGCAUGGUCACUUAUCUUGUUCUUUGGCAUGAUGGUCCUUCCCGAAACGCCUCGGUUCUUGAUCAAGAAAGACAAGGCGGAAAAGGCGGCUCUUUCGCUUAGCCGGCUUCGACGCCUCCCAGUCGGCCAUGAAGCCAUUGCAGCCGAGUUGGCAGAAGUCCAAGCCACGCAUGAAUAUGAGAUGACCAUGGGACAAGGUUCCUAUCUCGAUUGCUUCAGACCACCGAUGCUGAAGAGACAGCUCACGGGCAUGGGAGUACAAGCGCUCCAGCAGCUCUCAGGUAUCAACUUCAUCUUCUACUACGGGACCAAGUACUUCCAAAACUCGGGCGUCUCCAGCGGCUUUACCGUCUCCAUGAUCACAUCAGCCAUCAACGUAGCCUCCACCAUCCCCGGCCUAUACGCCGUCGACAAAUGGGGCCGCCGCCCGCUCCUCCUCUUCGGCGCCAUCGGCAUGUGCGUCUCCCAGCUGAUCGUCGCCGUCUGCGGCACCGUGUCCACGGGCCAGCACGCCAACGGCGAGAUCUUCGUGACCAGCCUCGCCGGGCAGCAGGCCGCCGUGGCAUUCGUCUGCAUCUACAUCUUCUUCUUCGCCUCCACCUGGGGCCCGCUCGCCUGGGUCGUCACGGGCGAGAUCUACCCGCUCAAGACGCGCGCCAAGUCCCUCAGCAUCACCACCGCCACCAACUGGCUGCUGAACUGGGCCAUUGCCUACGCGACGCCCUACCUGGUCAACUACGGAGACGGGUACGCUAAUCUGCAGUCCAAGAUCUUCUUUGUGUGGUUCGGCGCCUGCUUUCUCUGCAUCCUGUUCGUCUGGCUCAUGAUCUACGAGACCAAGGGCCUCAGUCUGGAGCAGGUCGAUCAGCUGUACGAUGAGGUCAGCGAUGCGCGGAAGUCGGCGCAAUGGAAGCCUACGCUUGCUUGGGAGCAUGGGAAGAAGGGAAACUUGGCGUCUGAGCACGAAGAAGCCGUGGUUCAAGACGGUUCCUUGCCCGUGGAGGAAAAGGUGAACUGAGACGGUUGUGCCUGGAGCCGCGACGGAGCCGUUGGCCACUUCGCCGUUCCCUUUCAGGGGUUGGGCUUAGUCGGGGGUUGCCGAGGCCGCUGCAAGGCUCAGUCCGUUACGGUGGGUGGGCAUUGGUAGCAGAUGGGGGUAUCUGGACUGGCAAAUUGGUUUGGUGAGAAACCGAAUUGCGGUUGGUAGCUGUCCCCUUUUGUAUCGUUGUCGUGGUUGGGGUUCUGACCCUGGGGUGGAGGGUUGUCCGCUCUUAUUCUAGACAUUUAUUUCCAUAAAUAUAGAAGAAGC